AUGAAUAAUACGAGACAAAAUUAUUUGAACGCGAAGCGAUUUGCUGCCGAUCUGGCGCUGGAGCACAUCAUACCGCACAACGUGUGCUUUUAUCUCAUUCCACCCAUCAUUGACCUAACGAUCGAUGAAUUCGAGAAGCUGGCGCUGGAACGGUUAAGGAUCCUGCGGGUGCUAGAGCAAGUGACGGCCAAAAAUCCAAAAGUUUCCCCCGAAGCGUGGCGUGAAGCGGCCCUGGCCGAGGUGAACCACGAGGGACUGCGGACGUACGUGAAGCUGUGCCGGGGAAACAUUACCGAUGAGGUUACCAAAAUGGCCCGCCGGCGGGACUACUUGUCGCACUUCAUUCUCCGCUUUGCCUAUUGCCGCUCGGAGGAACUGCGGCGUUGGUUCGUUGCGCGCGAGAUGGAACUGUUCCGGCUGAAGUUUGGGGCGCUGUCGAUGCGUCACAUAAAGGAGUUUCUCGAUGUGUACGAGUUGGAGUACGUUCCGCUGACCGAUCAGGAAAAGUGCGAAAUCUCCGAACAGCUGUGCAUGAGCACUGCCAACCAAACGAGGCUGCAGAUAGAAAGCAAUGACUUCUACGCGGUGCACUUCACCGAGGUAUUGAACCUUGUGCGCGAUCGAAAGUGUUACCUGAAAGGCGGCAAGGCAUACAUUCCGCCGGAGAGCUUCGUGCACGUCGUGGCCCGGAAACAUCAGCAGCUCAUCGAGGACGGUCUGAAGGCACAUCUGCGCAUGCUACCGACGCUCGAGAUUGACGAGCGGUUCUCCAUGCUGCUCAAAUCGAUCCACACAUCCUACACCGGCAAGAACUACACGGUGGCCAGAAACGGCUGCGUACCGAUCGAAUCACUCGAUCAGCUGUCGAAGAAAUCGUUCCCGCUGUGCAUGCGUCACGUGCACGAUACGCUGCGCGCAACGCACCAUCUAAAGCACUUUGGGCGUAUGCAGUACACGCUCUUCCUAAAGGCAAUUGGUGUCACGAUGGAGGAUUGUCUUCGUUUUUGGCGCGAAGAGCUCACCCGAGGAAAGGUGCCGAUCGAAAAGUUCGAAAAGGAGUACGCGUACAAUAUUCGCCAUAACUACGGCAAAGAGGGAUCGCGCAUAAACUACACACCAUUCUCCUGUAUGAAGGUGAUCACGGCGCCGAUUGGACCGGCGGAAACACACGGUUGCCCGUUCAAGAACUUAGACCCGAGUGCCCUCAAAACGAAGCUUUCCGGGUAUGGGCUGGGCGCGAUCGAUUGUGAUGAAGUGGCCGGAUAUGCAGCCAAAGGACACUACCAGAUAGCUUGCGGGAAAUACUUCGAAACGUUGCAUGAAACGAAGCUGGAAGAAGGGAUCAACCACCCGAACCAGUACUUUGAGUUCAGCCAGCUAACGAUGGACGGUAAGGGCACCGAACGUCCGAGGCAGGCGCAACAGCAACGCUGGAACGGUAGCCAGAUGAAUAGUCAAACGCAGCAUGAUCAAUCUUCCCAUGGUUUGGCCGAUUCGAGCACACUGCACGGAGCGGAUGACGAUCAAGAGCUGUGGGAAAUUAUGGAAUCGAAAGAAAAGGAAACAUACGGCGCGGCGCGUGAGAAUCCAUCACUAUUUUCGUCCAGCGAUCGCAAACAACAGUCUGCGCAAAGUAAACCGAGUCCAAAUGUUCAGAAGCAGCUGCAAGACUGGGACGACGAGGAUUUCGAUUUGCUCGAAGUAAAUGAGUGA